UCCGGCAGGUGCUCGGCGGAGGCUUCUCCCCGCGGGGAGCCGGGUCGCUCCCGGGGCGGCCGGUGAGCCUCUAUCGAGCGCUCCCUCUGCCACCCCGGAACGUGCGACAGCGGGGCGGUCGCGCUGCCUGCUCCUUGCCCGGCGCCGCGCCGCAGCGCACCGCUUCGGCUCGGUGUGGCGUUAAGUGCGAUGUUAUUUUAAACUCCAUUUAGUUAUUAUUAUUUCCGGCCCCCCCCUCCCCGCUGGAUAAAACACAGCGGAGUGGCGGCGCGGCCGAGCCUCACCCUCCUCUCGCCGGAGCGCGGGGCCGCGUCCCGGCCGCCUCAGGUUCACGAUGUUGACAGCUAUGUUCUUGGCUGCUCUCAUUCUCAUUACAGUACAGUCGCAGGAAACUGAAGAAACCAUAACGUACACGCAAUGCACGGAUGGCUAUGAAUGGGAUCCUGUUAGGCAACGGUGCAAAGAUAUUGAUGAGUGUGAAAUAGUCCCAGAUGCAUGUAAAGGUGGGAUGAAAUGUGUUAACCACUAUGGAGGAUACCUCUGUCUACCUAGAACAGCACAAAUAAUUGUAAAUGAGCGAGAAGAAGCAGCAGCUGAAUCCACUAGUGGUCGAAACAAUGUCAUUCGACGGACUCCAGCUGAUCCUCACCGUGCUCCUCCAAACCCAACUCAUCAAAUUCAGUGUGCAACUGGGUAUGAGCAAAGUGAUCACAAUGUGUGCCAAGAUAUAGAUGAAUGUGCAACUGGAACCCAUAAUUGUAGAGCUGAUCAAGUAUGUGUCAAUUUAAGAGGGUCCUUCAGCUGCCAGUGUCCUCCAGGCUAUCAGAAACGAGGGGACCAAUGCAUUGAUAUUGACGAAUGCACCCUGCCUCCAUAUUGCCACCAUCGAUGCGUGAACACUCCUGGUUCCUAUUAUUGCCAGUGUAAUGCUGGUUUCCAGUUAGCAUCCAACAACCACACCUGUGUAGACAUAAAUGAAUGUGAUGCCAAUAACCCAUGUGCACAACAGUGUUACAAUAUACUGGGUUCUUUCAUCUGUCAGUGUAAUCCAGGAUUUGAGUUAAGCAGUGACAGAAUUAACUGUGAAGACACUGAUGAGUGCAGAACCUCAAGUUAUAUAUGUCAAUAUCAGUGUGUCAAUGAACCAGGAAAAUUCUCAUGUGUCUGUCCUGAGGGAUACCAGGUAGUAGGAGGCAGAACAUGUCAAGAUAUAAAUGAAUGCGAGACUACGAAUGAAUGCAGAGAGGAUGAAAUUUGCUGGAAUUACCAUGGAGGAUUUCGUUGUUACCCAAGAAAUCCUUGUCAAGAGCCCUACGUCCUUACAUCUGAGAACCGCUGUGUCUGCCCUGUAUCAAAUGCCAUUUGCCGAGAGCUGCCUUACUCUGUUGUGUACAAAUACAUGAGCAUCCGUUCUGACAGAACAGUACCCUCCGAUAUCUUCCAGAUUCAGGCAACCACUAUUUACCCUAAUACUAUUAACACAUUCCGGAUCAAGUCUGGAAACGAAAAUGGAGAAUUUUACCUGAGACAAACAAGCGCCGUAAGUGCAAUGCUUGUACUGGUGAAAUCACUAUCAGGACCAAGAGAACACAUUGUGGACCUGGAGAUGCUAACAGUCAACAGUUUGAAUUAUCGUACAAGCUCGGUGUUAAGAUUAACAAUAAUAGUGGGACCUUAUGCAUUUUAGUGGUUUUCAAUAACCCUUCACUGGCACUUAAAGCAGCCAAAGAAUAUUAUCUUAAAGAAAGCACUUACUAUUUUAUUUAUAGAUUCUGCUCUUUUUUUUUUUUUUUAAGAUUUGUUUAGUAAGUUGAUAUCUUUAAUCCACACAUUACACCUGUAAUUCAAAAUUAGUAGAUGUGUUCCAUAGUAUAACAUGGGCAUUGUCACUUUCUGUAUAAAGAUUUAAGUCUUUUUUAUUACCUUUCUUGGACUAGAUACAUACUACACUUUUGUGUGAAAACUGUACGUUCAUACUAUCCUGUAAAACUUCACACAUCCUUCCUAGCCAAAUAAGGUCAUUCAAUUAUGAGGUGUUCUUUUUAUUUCAAAUGCUAAUGCAGCUACACUGACAAUCUCUAAAAGAAAAAAAAAAAUGUAGUAUGAGCGAUACACAAAGUAAUGGUUAUCUGAUAAGCUAAAAUAUAUUUCUUUUUAACUAUUUUGUAACAAAAGAUAAUGGUCAAUAAAAAUCUAUUUCUGUAGACAUUUAUGUGCUAUCACAGUUGGUUUUUGUAAUCUGGGUUGGAGGCAAAGUUACAUUGUGAGAAACAUUUUGCAUUGGGUUUUUAUAUGCAGAUUGCGUUAACCAUACCACAGAAUAACAUUCUGCUCUCUCCAAGAAAAAUAGACCAUAGGAAGAAAAUUUCUCCGACAGGGAAAGAAACUCCAAAUGGAAAAUCAGCACGCAGGGCACAUGUGUCCAUGUUUUCUCCUGAAAACACUGUUGGUAGUUACUGGUUAGAGGGAUACAGCGUUUCCAGACAGAGCACUGUUGGUAGUUACUGGUUAAAGGAAUACAGCAUUUUCAGACAGAAGUUAACAUGCUAUUUUUCCAGAAAUAUUAUGUUGUAUACUAAUAAUUGAGUGCAUUUGCAAUAAUAAGUUAUAUCAUUUUCAGGCACUCGGUCCUAUUCCUGCUCUUACAACUCAGAUUUAUCAUGUACAGUGUUCAUAAAAUUUAUUUCUAAUUCAAGAACUAAUAACAUCUUUUGUAAUAUGUAAAAUCUUUCUUGAUUAAAACAUAGUAGUUAAUCUUUUGAUGUACAAAAUUUUUAAUAAAGAUCACUUACCAUA